AUGGAUAAUCAGAGUUCUAAUUGUCCAUCUCACAAUUGCACACAAAAUCACACAAAUAAACCAAUUUCAUCCUUCUUAGGUUCUCCAAGAAUCUUUAAUGGCCUUUUGACCAGAAGUCCAUCUGAUAUUGGGACUAUCCGAACAAGUCGGGAUCGACUAUAUGACGCUGAAAUUGUCACUAGCCCAAAUUCCCUUCUUGAUGACAUGCAAAAUCUUAAUAUUAGGAAUCCUUUUGGUUAUGAUAGAAAAUCACCAAAUCCCAUCACUAAAAAUCCUCCAACUAUUAAUACAACUCCAAAAAUUAUGCCUCGAUUUCAAACAAGUCAGGAUCAACUGUAUGAUGUUGAAUGCAUUGUUAACACAAAUUCAAGACUUGAUGGCAUGCAACAAGAUCACAAUCUUGGAAACCCUUUUGGUUAUGAUAGAAAACCACCAAAUCACUUCACUAAAAAACCUCCAAAUAACGAGCUGAAAUCAGAAAUUAUCACGUCUCAGUUUCAAACAAGUCUUAGUUACGACAGAAAAUCGCCAAACCCCAUCACUAAAAAGCAUUCAAAUAACAAAAUGGAAUCAGAAAGUAUUGGACUUGCUCUUAUUGAUCCUAAAGUAACUAGUGAAAAAUUCCAUGUCCUAUUUGGAGCAAAGUUAAAAGUAGAAAUCCCUUGUUCAAUUGAGGUGAAAAAUAGUAUUUGUGAGGAUUUAGAUGAAAUGGAGAGUUCAGAGGACUAUACUUGUGUGAUUACUCAUGGUCCUAAUCCAAAAACAACUCAUAUAUUUGAUAAUUGCAUCAUUGAGAGGUGUUGUGGAGUUAGAAAGUUGAGGGAGAAUUCUUGCAAAGUUGAUCAUACAAAGGGCAAAUACAUCUAA